GAUCUGGCUCUGUUCAGACUGGGCCACAUCAUUGAAAGAGUCCGCUUGAUGACUGGUUAGUCGGAUCUGCAUGCUGCAUUUGGAUUUAAUAACUCUUUUCUUCCAUCCAGAUGACUACAGUGACCUUUGUAAAAAGAGGGAAGACUGGUGCCAAACCGGCGCAGAUAUAUGGGCAACCCGUAAAAGAAAAAUAACCCCCCCCAACAAGUUGGCUGACCAGGAGGACAGACCAGCGGAAAAAAAGCAGCUGAAGGUGUUUAAACACCCCAUGCAGCAGACCACGGAGCAAAUGAAAAAGAAGGCUGCUGAUGAUAUGGUGGAAGCACUCAAGAAGGAAAUAAUGACGAAGAAGUCCAUUAGGGAAGAGGAUUCUGAGAUGCAAGACCUCCCCGUGGAAGACAUCUCCAUGUCAGAUGAUGACCUGGAGCCUGACCUGGACUCUCACCCUACCUUCCGGACCUGGGGCACAGCGAUGCUCGAAAUAAGACAACUUAAAGAGGAGAACAAGAGGCUGCGGGAGGAGAACUUGAUCAUGAAGGGGGAAUUACUGGAUGCAGUGACCCAGCUCUCCGGGGUUGCGCGGCAGCUAAAGAAGGUUUUGCAUGGAACUGCUUCCACAACAAAUCACCCAAGCACUCCUAUGCGGCCCGCCUCAAGGCCCGCAACAUCUGACAUAGGAGCACUGCAGGACACUCCCCCAAGACCACCAUCUGAAGGACUAGAGUCUGAGAUGACAGUCGAUCUUGUUCCGGGCUCCGGGGUUCGAGUUCCCAAGUACAAGUUAAGUGCCCUUAGGACAAGCACUCCUGCCACCUACAUCGGGGACCUUGCCAUCCUCGUUUUUGGAAAAGAAACUCUUUCAGAGUCGAGCUCGACCGGGAAGCAGUCUGGCGCCCACAAAGAUGUGGCGUCAAAGCGACCACUGGAUGAAAAGAAGCUUGAGGUCAUAAUUGGGCAUGUUAGGUCCAAAUACCCAAACACCAGCGUCCAGGAGGUCAGAAGGGUAAUCCGGAAGAAGAUAAACAACAUCAGCUACAACUCUAAGAAAAACUAAAGAUAGAGCCAUUUCGAAAAAUGUUGCACUGGCUGGGCACUUUAUUUUGAUUUUUUGAUAUUUAUUUUAAGUUUUAUGCCCCCUGAUCUGAUGCCCGGGGAUGUCUUACCCCCCUCUGUCCUGAUGAAGACCAUGUAG